UUAGUGAACCAGAGAAAUGCCUGCUUGAAGUUCGUCGACGCAGCGGGCCACGUUUUUAUCAAGGAUGUGUUGUUAGUUGUUGAUCCCCGUUACGGUGAAAGUGACGUUAAGAAGCCGGUGGUUGACUUUAUUUGCUGCUAACGUCUGGAAAGCCGUCGAGAGAAAAUGAGCGGCGGAUUCAACUUUGGACAGCCCUCUACGGGCUUCACCUUCGGGACUCAGAAGCCCGCAGCCCCAGCCGCAGCCGCAGCCCCUGCCACGGGCUUUGGGCUGCCGGGCUCCACACCUGCCGCCGCCGCCGGAGGAGGAGGCUUCACCUUCGGCACCGCUGCCCAGAGCAACACCAACACCACCGGCGCUUUCAGCUUUGGCACCCCAGCAAAGAGCGCUGCAGGCGGCGGAGGCUUCUCUUUCGGGACACCCACCACCACAUUUGGCCUGAAUGCGGCUCCUCAAACCACCGCAGCACCGGGGUUGACUUUAGGCUCCGCAGCAGCUCCAGCUCCAGCUGCAGGGUCAGGGUUCACUCUGGGCGGAGGAUUGUCCGCACAGACCACCGCUGCCGCCCCUGCAGGAGGAGGCUUCACCUUUGGAGCUGCCCCUCAAGCUCAAGCCCAACCUCAACCCCAACUCCAGCUCCAGCCCCAGCUCCAAGCCCAACCCCAGCUCCAAGCUGCACCAACAGCCGCACCAACAGGCCCACCAGCAGCAGCAACAACUGCUUCUGGUGGCCUGUCCUUUGGAGCAUUCAGUUUUGGAGCUACCAAGGUCCAAGUGACCACAGCUGCAGCCUCUACUACUGCCACCGGAGGAGGCUUCAGCUUCGGCGCCAGUGCUCCUUUCAAUCUCACCCAGCCCCAGCCAGCCUCUACUACUGUAGCAACAGCAGGCCAGGGUGGAGGCUUUCCCUGUGGGAUCAAACCUUCAUCCACCCCAGCCCCUCCUGCAGCGACCCAGGCAGCCCCAGCUCCAGGCCCCUCUCUCUUUGCUUCACCUAUCGCUACAGCUGCUGCUGCUGCAACUGCCACUGCAACAGGUACAGGCUUCACUUUGGGUGUCACCCCAACUCCAGCAGCAAGCAUAGCGCCUGCAACAACCACAGCAGCUCCUGGAGGUUUGUCUUUUAUGCUCAAACCUCUGGGGUCAGCUCCUGCCACAUCUGCCCCUCCCUCUACUGCCACAACUGCAGCUGCCACAGCUGCUACUGGGUUCACACUGGCACUCAAACCUGCAUCCAGCACAAGUACCACCACAAUCGCUACAGCCACAACAAUCAGCACCACCGCAGCUCCUCCAGUGAUGACCUACGUCCAGUUAGAGGGUCUUAUAAACAAGUGGAGUCUUGAGCUUGAGGACCAGGAGAGACAUUUCUUACAGCAGGCGACUCAGGUGAAUGCCUGGGAUCGCAUGCUGGUGGAGAACGGAGAGAAGAUCACAUCCCUGCAUAAGGAGAUGGAGAAGGUGAAGCUGGACCAGCGGCGGCUAAACCAGGAGCUGGAUUUCAUCCUGUCCCAACAGAAGGAGCUGGAGGACUUGCUCUGCCCACUCGAAGAGUCGGUGAAAGAGCAAAGUGGAACCAUCUACAUGCAGAACGCUGAUGAGGAACGAGAAAGAACAUACAAGCUCGCGGAGAACGUGGACGCACAGCUGAAGAGGAUGUCGCAGGAUCUGAAGGAGAUCAUCGAGCACCUGAACACAUCCAGUGGUCCAGCAGACACCAGUGAUCCACUUCAGCAGAUCUGUAAAAUUCUCAACGCCCACAUGGAUUCCCUCCAGUGGAUUGAUCAGAACUCGGUUCUCCUGCAGAGGAGAGUGGAGGAAGUGUCCAAACUGUGCGACACCCAGCGCAAGGAGCAGGAGAAAACCUUUCGUUUAACAUUUGACUGAUCUGCAAAAAAAACAAAAAUCUGUUGGCCUGUAUGUUGACAUAACGCUACAUCUGGAAUUUUUUAUUAGUAUUCAGAAACAGAGGGGACAAGAUGAUUUAGAUUUACAUUCAACACAAUCCCUGUCAUACUCUGUUUUACUCUCUGUUGUUUUGAGCUAUCUGGUUUGCAUAAAGAUGAAUAUGUUCAAUGCAAUAGCAAUAGCUAUUAUAUAUAGUAGUGACAGUGGUCAUCUGUUCCUAUGUAAAUUGCUAUGCUUGUUCUAAAUAGUAUGAUUAAAUAAAUCUUUGGAAUAAGGA